AGCUAUUGGCUUGCGCGGCUUAAUUAUUUCACUCUCUCUCACACAGUUUGCCCGACCGCCGACACACAGACACCGCGCUCCAUCUGUCUGUAUUGUGAAGCAGAGAUGCAGUCGCUGUUCGCCAUCCUCGGCGACAGACUUGCCCUGUAUAAACGUUAUCAGUGCAGGGUAACCUGUUACUGAUGACAGUCUACGACGACAAAUGCUCGAGACCCUCGCGCAGCAUACCCGGGUCAGAUUGGGAGGAAGACGACCGGCGUAGUGAUGGGACAGUUUUCGGGGGUAUGCUACGGGAGUUUGGUCAUCCUCUUGUUUCUCGGUUUGCAGUUCCCGGCCACGGCGGCACGAGGUUCCAGGAGUGAUGCUCUGCAGCAUGGCACAUCAGGGACCCUCCCCCACUUCCUGCAGGAGCCCGAUGAUGCCUACAUCAUCAAGAGCAACCCCAUCAAGCUCAAAUGCCGGGCCCGCCCCGCCCUGCAGAUCUUCUUCAAGUGCAAUGGGGAGUGGGUCCACCAGAGCCAGCACCAGUCUCAGGAACACACCGACCAGGGCACAGGGCUGAAGAUCCGGGAGGUGAUGAUCAACGUGUCCCGUCAGCAGGUGGAGGACUUCCAUGGCCCUGAGGACUACUGGUGUCUGUGUGUGGCCUGGAGCCACCUGGGCACCUCCAAGAGCCGCAAGGCCACCGUACGCAUCGCCUACCUGAGGAAGAACUUUGAGCAGGACCCCCAGGGGAGGGAGGUGCCCAUUAAAGGCAUGAUUGUGCUGCACUGCCGUCCACCAGAGGGAGUGCCUGUCGCAGAGGUGGAGUGGUUGAAGAAUGAGGAGCUGGUGGGCUCGGAUGGGAAUAUCGACACGCGAGCAGACCACAACCUGAUCAUCCAGAAGGCGCGUUUGUCUGACUCGGGAAACUACACAUGUCUGGCCAGCAACAUCGUGGCCAAGAGACGCAGCCUCACRGCCACUGUGGUCGUAUUUGUGAACGGAGGGUGGUCAUUGUGGACAGACUGGUCCGCCUGUAAUGUGCGCUGUGGGCGGGGGGUCCAGAAACGCUCCCGUACCUGCACCAACCCCGCCCCUCUCAACGGGGGCACCUUCUGCGAGGGCAUGUCUGUCCAGAAGAGUACCUGUAAUGCCCUCUGCCCAGUGGAUGGUGGCUGGGGAGAGUGGACAGAAUGGACGGUGUGCAGUGCGGAGUGUGCGAGGCAGCGCAGCAGAGAAUGUACAGCCCCGGAGCCUAAACAUGGAGGCAGGCUGUGUGACGGGGCCGCCCUGGGAACAGAUAACUGCACCGGGGGCCUCUGCACUCAGAAUCGAAAGCUGCUACACGACGCCAAGCCACAGGGUCUGGAGGUUAGCAGUGACGUAGCGCUGUAUUCGGGCCUGGCGGCAGGGGUGGUGACUGUGGUGGUGUUGAUUGUGGCAGUGACCCUCUACCGGAGGAACCAGAGCGAGUACGGUGUGGACGUCAUUGACUCCUCCGCCCUCACUGGGGGCUUUCAGUCCUUUAGCUUCAAGACCGCCUGCCAAGGCAACCCCCUGUUGAUCAACUCAUCCCAGCAGCCGGACCUAACGGUGUCACGGACCUACACCAGCCCCAUCUGCUUCCAGGACUCCAUGGAUAAAGAACUCAUAUCUCAGGAGCCUUCGCUCUUCGACCCCCUGCCCGACCUCAAGGUCAAAGUUCACUCCUCUUUCAUGGUGUCCCUGGGCGUGUCAGAGAGAGGGGCCGAGUACCACAUCCAGAAAGCCCACCCCCAGACCUUCCCCCGGGGACUGGCGCCCGACUACAGCGGUGUGGGGUUGGAGGGGACCCUGAGAGGAAGGAGGGAGAAGACCCUCCUCGGCCCCCUUGCCCCGUCUACGCCAUCCAGGCCCCCACUCAGGACGGCCGGGGUGUUCGGACACGCGGGAGGGAGGCUGGUGGUGCCCAAUACAGGCGUGAGUCUGUUGGUGCCCCAUGGGGGGAUAGCUGUGGACACUACCUGGGAAAUGUACAUGGUCAUCAACCAGGAGGACAGCAGCAGCAGUACCCUAUCAGAAGAGAGACAGGAGGUCCUGCUGAGCCCAGAGGUCACGUACGGUCCGCUGGGCCUUGACCUCUCCUGUCCCAUCGCCAUGACGAUAGCCCACUGCGCUGAGGUUGCCGCCGAUAACUGGAGCAUCCGCCUCAAGAGGCAGACACAGGAUAACAAGUGGGAGGAAGUAAUGUCGGUGGAGGAGGAGAGCACUUCCUGCUACUGUCUGCUGGAGGCUCAGUGCUGCCACCUGCUGUUGGAGCAUCCAGGGCGCUACGCCCUGGUGGGGGUGCCUCUGAGCCAGGAGGCUGUGAAGAGGCUGAGGUUGGCCGUGUUCGGUAGUGCAGACAACACCAAUCCACUGGGAUACAGCCUCAGAGUGUACUGUGUCGAUGACACCCCCUACGCAUUCCAGGAAGUGGCAUCGGCCGAGCGGGUGAGAGGUGGUUGUCUCCUGGAGGAGCCCAAGACGCUGCUGUUCAGGGGGAACUCCCUCAGCCUGCAGCUCUCCAUCCAGGACGUCCCCCAGUUCCUCUGGAGCAUCAAGCCUUUCACCACCUGCCAGAGUGAAAAGGAGGUAGUCCCCUUCUUCACUCAGUCGGACUGUACCAUCACAUCACAGAUGGGGUCCAGGGCUUUCAAGAUCCCACUUUCCAUCCGCCAAAGGAUCUGUGCCACCUUCGACACAGCCAACGUCAAGGGCAAGGACUGGCAGCUGCUUGCACAGAAACUCUGCAUAGACAGGAACCUGUGUUACUUUGCGCGUCAGGAGAGCCCAUCGGCUGUGAUCCUCAGCCUAUGGGAGGCCCAGCACCAGGACACAGGGGACCUGGACUCUCUGGCCAGCGCUCUGGAGGAGAUCGGCAAAGUCCACUCCACCCACUCCACCUCCAGUAGGACCAGCACGCAGAACACCACAGGGACCACCACAAGGACCACCGCUACCCUGGGCCGCAGCAUUGAGGAGCUGGACGCUGAGUUCACCUAACCAGGGGAGGGAUGAACGGAUGAACUGGAGCGCCAGCAAAGGAUCACAAGGCUGGGAAUGAACUAGCCUAAACAGGGGAGGAAUGGAUGGACCCUCACAGUGGAGGAGGUCAUACAGAAGACUCCAGCCAGGGGAGGAUUGGACAGAGAGCAGACAUGACUAAGUACAACAGGGGAACUAAUUAACUACUUUAACUAAAGUCAGACCACCAGGCUGAAUGGAGGGGUAAGAGGGACAAGAUGAUAGGAGAACAAGAGGUGCUAGAAGAGAAGGGUAUAAGGGAGAGAAUGAAAAGGGGUGAGGGGGACAAUGGUUUGAGAGGGGAGGGGUGAAGACCAGGGCUAGGGGUGCAAGAAGAGAUGGGGAUAAGGGACCGGGGACAAGGGAUAGUGGUGCAAGAGGAGAAGAGGUGCCAGGGAGAGAGGGAGAAGGGAGAAGGGGACAAGCAAGCAGUGUAGUGGGUUCUAGAGGUCUGAAGGUCCUGCCACAAGAGGGCAGCUACUGUUGUUUAGGUAGAAACAGAGGAACUAACUACAGUAACCCAGGGACUAAUCCACAACAGAGUCAAAAAGUGAACCACAACUGAACCACAAACCAACAAGUGGCACUCUUUCUAACCUGGACAAUUAGGCCCCACCCCUCUAGUCAUUCCCCUCGGUAGCAAGAAUUKUUUGUGUGACGUGAAGAUGUUGUUGUUUAUUUUAUAUUUAUAAUAUCUCUCUCUUUUCUUUAUUUUCUUGUGUUUUUCCUUGCACAUUGAAGGUGUGUUAAUGCAUAGGCCUACUGUGGAACCAGAGAGAAACAAGCUCUAUCUAGGUAUUCAGAUGUUGACAACAUGUUGUGAAAAACAGUCAGUUAUGACGUCUGCCAUAUGACGUCACAAACAUUUGGGUUACCCAUACCUGGGGUUACCCAUACACACACGAGCAUACUACUUAGAAUGAAGGAAUGUAUUUGGGCAUACAUUCAGAGUGCAAUGUAUUGGGGCAUACAUUCAGAGUGGUGUGCUUUGUGGUAUAUGUUGAUAUUGGUCACGCAGCCAAUAUGUAAUUUUACUGAAUGGCACUGAAAAAGUUCUGGUGUCACACUAAAGCCGUGACAUUAAUUAACAAAUGGCUAUCUGCAGAUGAAUGAAGGAGAAUGUAUGAGGGAUGGUCGAAACAUCCCAGGCUGUCACAUGGGCAAGAUCAACACCCACACACAAACAAGCAGAAUGGCACUUUCCUAUCAGGUGGAUAUUUUUUACCUAAAUGUAUUGGUCAGAAAAUGAAUUGAAGUGAUUAGAGUAUUUACGUGUGCUGUUAACCCUUAAACUCCCACUCCAGUGGUGCCCUAGGCCAAGUCAGGCUAACUAACUAACSCUUAGCCUACUACCAGGAAACACAAACACAAAUAUUAUUCAACUUCAAAAAGUUGCCCACCCACAUACACACACAAAAUAGGUCAAAAUAAAAAAAGGUAAACUGUGAGGAACAGUGUGUAGAACUGUCAUGGUGUUGUUUCAUGGAAUUUCCAGUGUUUUUACAUGCUAGUACCUAACUAUAGUAAGCUGUCCAGUCUCCUCUACUUAGUGUGGGAGACACCAGGCACGUGGCAGAGGUGCUCCCAACGUUGUUACAGCAUUUAAACCCAUCACACACGAUAGCAGGAGCUGCAGCUUGGAGAUGAUGAACUCACACACUCUGAACUGAUCUGAAAUACACACACACACACACACUCMMGGCACAUGCACACACAGUUCUCCAAUGUAGUGAGGUGUAUGCCUAUUUGAAUAUCUGGAACGCAAAAAAUAAGCCGACGGAAAGAGCUAUCUAUACACAUCAGUUUGUGGGUGCAUGUGUGCGCACCUGGAGGUGUUUGUGUGACGUGAAUUUGAAGAUCUGUCUUUGUCCCUUUGGAGAAUCCAGCCUAGUGCUAGUAUUUGAGUUCAUUCUGAUGUGUGAUGUGUGUAUCUCUCACAAGCUACUGUCUUUAGAGCUGUAUUCCUUUGGAGAAAAAUAAAGAAACAGUACUGAUUUGAGUAAAACGAUAUCUAUGUCAGACGUACUGAGACAUUCAUCUGACAAUGUAUCGCUUUUUUUUGGAGCUGCUGUUUUCACAUAAUCUGCCCUUCCUUAUUAGGAAGAAAUCUAAGAGAAAUCUAAGACAUCCUUCCUAGUUCUCAUACUGCAAUUAUUAUAUUUUUGGUUAGACUAAAACGUAACUAUUAAAAAUAGUUGAAUGAAGGUUUUAUCCUGAAAAUAUUAUUAUGCAUACAGUGAGAGGCAUUUAUAAUUAAUUAAAUUCAAUUAAGCCAUGAACGUUCUUUAUACAUACUCUAUAAUCACAUUUUAUUGACUUAGCUAUGUUUUACAACGCUAUACAUUUUCAAUGUUAAGCAGGUGAAUAGUACGAUGAUUAUUAUGCUGCUUAUCACUGUUUGUAGUGUAUUUUUGCUGAUUUAUGUUCGUUUUUUUCCUCAACAUGAUUUGCAAAUGUAUAUACUCUAUCAUGUUUUGAAAUAAAUAUGCAGUGA